AUGAGGCGACUGAGGAAACUCAAAAAGGUCGUGAAAAGGCGACUGAGGAAACUCAAAAAGGUCGUGAUGAGGCGACUGAGGAAACUCAAAAAGGUCGUGAAGAAGCCGACUGAGGAAACUCAAAAAGGUCGUGAAGAGGCGACUGAGGAAACUAAAAAAAGCCGACUGAGGAAACUAAAAAAAGAUCGUGAAGAGGCGACUGAGGAAACUCAAAAAGGUCGUGAAGAGGCGACUGAGGAAACUCAAAAAGGUCGUGAAGAGGCGACUGGGGAAACUAAAACAGGUCGUGAAAAGGCGACUGAGGAAACUCAAAAAGGUCGUGAAAAGGUGACUGAGAAAACUAAAAAAGGUCGUGAAGAGGUCGUGAAGAGGCGACUGAGGAAACUCAAAAAGGUCGUGAAGAGGCGACUGAGGAAAGUCAAAAAGGUCGUGAAGAGGCGACUGGGGAAACUAAAACAGGUCGUGAAAAGGCCACUGAGGAAACUCAAAAAGGUCGUGAAAAGGCGACUGAGGAAACUAAAAAAAGGUCGUGAAGAGGCGACUGAGGAAACUCAAAAAGGUCAAGAAAAGGCGACUGAGGAGACUCGAAAAGGUCGUGAAGAGGCGACUGAGAAAACACAAAAAGGUCGUGAAGAGGCGACUGAGGAAACUCAAAAAGGUCAUGAAGAGGCGACUGAGGAAACUCAAAAAGGUCGUGAAGAGGCGACUGAGGAAACUAAAACAGGUCGUGAAAAGGCGACUGAGGAAACUCAAAAAGGUCGUGGAAAGGUGACUGAGAAAACUAAAAAAGGUCGUGAAGAGGCGACUGAGGAAACUAAAACAGGUCGUGAAGAGGCGACUGAGGAAACUCAAAAAGGUCGUGAAGAGGCGACUGAGAAAACUCAAAAAGGUCGUGAAAAGGCGACUGAGGAAACUCAAAAAGGUCGUGAAGAGGCGACUGAGGAAACUAAAACAGGUCAUGAAAAGGCGACUGAGGAAACUCAAAAAGGUCGUGGAAAGGUGACUGAGAAAACUAAAAAAGGUCGUGAAGAGGUAACUGAGAAACUCAAAAAGGUCGUGAAGAGGCGACUGAGGAAACUAAAAAAAAGGGUCGUGAAGAGGCGACUGAGGAAACUUAAAAAGGUCGAGAAAAGGCGACUGAGGAGACUCAAAAAGGUCGUGAAAAGGCGACUGAGGAAACUAAGAAAGGUCAGGCGACUGAGAAAAACUCAAAAAGGUCGUGAAGAGGCGACUGAGGAACCUCAAAAAGGUCGUGAAGAGGCGACUGAGGAAACUAAAAAAGGUUGUGAAAAGGUGACUGAGAAAACUAAAAAAAAAGGUCGUGAAGAGGCGACUGAGAAAACUCAAAAAGGUCGUGAACAGGCGACUGAGGAAACUCAAAAAGGUCGUGAAGAGGCGACUGAGGAAACUCAAAAAGGUCGUGAAGAGGCGACUGAGAAAACUCAAAAAGGUCGUGAUGAGGCGACUGAGGAAACUCAAACAGGUCGUGAAAAGGCGACUGAGGAAACUCAAAAAGGUCGAUAG